AUGGCGGUCUCACAAGUUUGGAGGUAAGAAUCACUUGUAUUAGUAAUAUACCAGCGAUUUUUGAGGCUUCCUUAAACUUGUUUUUGUCCCGUAAAAUAUGAAAUUAUUAAAAGAAGAGAUUUUUGUACAUAAUUAUGUAUUAGUAAAAGUAAAUAUGCGUGUAAUUGGUGUUGUUCGAAAAACAGCAAAAAUUCAAUAGCAUGCUAUUAUGGCAUUGCGCUUCUAACAGCAGCAUUAUCUGCAACAAAAAAAAAAUAGCUUUUUGCAGGAUCAAGCACUGUUACGAUAAAGAAGCUAUCUCUGCUCACAAGACGCGGAUUUGUAUUCUCCUACAUAAAGCGCCGAACUUGAAUGGCGCCGACAGUUGUGCUCGUUGCGUUUAGCUCAAAGCUAAUAAUCUUCAAACAAAAUCGAACAGGCCUGAACCGUGACGAAAGUCUGUUUUCGUUCGAAAAGCGAACUUUAUUAAUUAUGUGUCCAAUUUCGUUUAAUUACUUAAGAUAAGCUGACUUCAUCUUUCUGAGUUAAAUUUCGUUCAGUGGAAAUUUGCGGAUGUCGGUUUGAUGUGAUCUCGGGGGUAAAAGUGCCGAAGGGUCAAACGUAUCAGAGAUGUCAAGUACAAAGGUUUAGCGCGACCUGUUUAACUGGAAGCGAGAAGCGUUUUGUUUAAAAUGUACAUGUUGAAGUUCUAGGCUUUCUAUUGAAUAACUUAACAUUAAGAAGUUGUUAUUAAAUAUGCUCCGUUGCCCCGUGCUGUUAUUCCUUUUACUAUUUACUAUCAGGCACAGAUCCAGAAACAAAUACAGACGUGAUCAAUUUUUGAUCAUUUGUGAGCCAAAGAGACGAAGGGAGACUAGGUCGCACAUUCACUUAAAAACUGAUUUAAGUGUAAACUUAUCUUUCAUUGUGAAAUAUCUGACUGUCUUCAGUGAUACGGUAGAAACCGGUAUGGAGUUGCGCCUGAAUAUUCAUCAUAGCCAUCUUAUGUAUCUUAUGUAUAGGUCACUUCAACUGUGUCGAAUAGGUCAAUAACACGCGGUCAAAUACGUGGGCAUUGUAUUUACGGAUAAUAUUUGAUUCCACUCAAAUUUGCGUACACUAGUAAAACAAACUAUGAGCAUAGAUCAGCAUCCUAGAUAAUGCUCCAAAGCGAGUAAAAGCAGAUUAUGUCCAAUGUACCUUUUUAUUAUACAAGUGGGUAAAUCGAACCGACUUUGCUUGCUUUCAUGGACACUUGAUAACCGCGUGGAGCCAGCAGGGAAUUUUCCCUUUCCCAUAAUGCACCAUGGGAAUUUAUCAUGACACUGUAGAAUUUCCUGCUUUGACAGGUUUUCUUUGAUUUAUGAUAGUAUAAUCAUGUUUUACGCUGGCGGUAAUAAGUCAACUAUUUUCAUGUGUGUGCAGUUUACUUCAAAGAAGUCUGGUGCACAGCAGCGGCUAUCGAUUUCAAUUAAGCCUGGUUUGAUAAUCGUCCGAAUAUUGUGUCGAUCGUCAAUGAUCAUCAUGUUUCAGGCGAUAUUUAUACGGAAACUCCUUGGAUGCAAAACGGGACAAUCCGAACAACACUUGGCUAUCGCAAUCACCUGGAUAGACCCGAGGCCGUAAAAAGGCUGGUGUAGUUAAAUUAAUCUCGGCCUAGCCAAACUUUGGGACGUUUAGGGUGAUUGUAUAUCAAAGUACGAAGACUCAAUUCCCGAGCCAUGCUUGAAUGUUUUAGUCUGUACAUGUAAAAAUAAACAAUUUAUAUUGUAAAUCGCUUUCGUCCCUUUCAUCUAAAGGUGACCUCUUGGCAUCCGCGACGUUUCUCGACCCCUGCCUAUUAUACUCCUAACAAAAACGUCAUAAAUACAUCGUUCACAAAAAUACCAGUAAAGCUAGCUCAAGCUCUUUGGGACUGCGUCAACCGCCGUGCAGAGUAAAACCAGUGAGAUAAAACUCGCUGGAAUCGCUCUGAAACGGCUCUAAACGCCACGGAAACAUAGGUAAUACAAAGAAGAGGAGAACUAAGUCGCAUUUUUAUUUGAAAUUUCCUUUCCGCCAUAAUUCGAUCUAUCAUGUACGAUCGUUACAUUUCCAAACGUAGAAACUCUUAACAAUUUAUAUGCUGUUAUGUAAUGUGUCCUAAAGAGCUUGGGGUUACCUCAGUCAGUGUUAGACUGAUGAAUUAUGCUCUAAAAUUUGAGAAUUAUGCUUUAGCGUCACCCUAAAAACAACAGCAUUAAGCUUAAAAUUAUGCUUGGGAAUUAAGUCAGUCACCUAGUCAGUAGCAUUAUGCUUGACUGAUCCUGGUAUAUUUGAUGCCCCAUUCCAUCCCCGCAGACAAAAAUUCCUCCAUCAAGUCAGAAACACAACAUCAGUCCGAUCCCGAACAAGCAGCCAUGAUGGAUUAUACCACUGGCAAGCCUUAACAGGCUAGCAAAAUGCAACGGUGCAACAAGACCGCAUUGAAAGCUCAGGGGCACCCAGCGACUACAGUAUAUUCUGUAAAAUAACUAGAAAUUUCUUAAGCUUGAGAAAAGCUAAAAAUUUCUGGGUAACCUUUCCAUUCGUGUAAAAUAUUCGGAGUUUUUUUAACAGCUUAAAUACGAUUUUCGAAGGUUGUGUUUUCACAUUUUAAUAUCACGGUAUCGCAAUUAUUGUUAAAAAAAUGUCUCCUAAAACUUUCGGUAUAAAGACAAAAUGUCCCCAAUAAUUUUCUAUGAAAGCAAGGCUACUUCAUGUCCUCGAGGGUAGCUAACACUUUCGGAUGAGACGAAAAAGCCAGCUAAAACUUUCGUGACGAACAAAGUUCUCCUAAGACACCCGAACAGAAAAAUAGUUCUUAGCGCAACUCCAAAUUAACCAAACAGGCUUCUAAAGCACAGAGAAAACCAUCUGAGACACUUCUGGCGUAUUUGGAAACAUUCGGUCGUUGGGUGCCCCUGAAAGCUGUCAACCAAGCUUUUGAUUACGGUAUGUUGAGUCUGUUAAUCAUACUAAAAGCACUUGAAAGUAAACAAUUUCUCAGCACAGCAUUAUACUCGAUACCCCGACUGUAAUAUUAUGCUCAAAAUUAUGCCUGCAUAAUGUAUCGAUCUAACCCUACCUCAGAGUUAACUGUGGAACCAGUCAUACCAGUUCGUUAAUAUUCUGCAUGCAGUUUCGCACGUACAACAUGCACGUGACUUUCUCGUGUUAUUUAAUUUGUACACACCGUCAAAAGUUUCCAUAUUUGUUCGACCACGAGUACGCAGUUCCUCAUUUUCCUUACGGCUUGGAGUGUAUUCCGUUGAUCGUAUUCCGGAAUAACAAUACUGAGAAAUUUGUGGCAAAUCUCUUCAACCAUAGAUUUUAUAACUGUCAACGCCCCGUUUUCAAUGUAUUUAUGGGGGAUGGGGUGUUUUGAUCCUCGAACGAACCCUUUCCGCGCCAGUGGUCUGGCAUUAAACUCAGUUAGUUCUACUCAGCUCCUUCUGAUAAUUUUAAAAUUGCUGUGACUAUUCAUCUUCCAGCCGAGAGGCGCCUAACUCAUGUGCAUGCGAUGGUGAAGAGUUCUAUCUGCUCCAGGUUAGUUACUGUGUUACAUAAUAAACCUACCAUUGGCUAUCGGACUGCCCAAAUAUAAUCCACGUAUUGUCAUCCAGCUAUUAAUUAAUAUUCAUCGGAACCUCGAAGCCUAUGUAUUUAUUAGCCUGCGUAGCUGGCGGUAUUGUGUAGUAGUCGAGGGAGAUUUGGCGGCGAAGCCUCCCUCCGCCCACCAACCCUUCAUCACUCCAUCUACCUCUUUCUCCCUCCAUCCUUGCAUUACCUUAUGUUACAUCGCUUCGAUAUUCAUUCAGCCUUAGAACUUUCGCGCACGGCUUUAUUAUGCUGCCGUCUCGCAGCCUCUCGUCUUUGCAAGGCUACUCGUUGGCAAUUAAGUCUUACUAAUCUAUUACAAUUGACUGUUUAGUUAACAGAGCAUCAGGAUCAAGUUGCGGAUGGAGUACAGGGACUAUGCCCAUUCGCUAAGAUUGGAUGCUCAAAAGCUGAGGUAUUUCAUUAUAGCAGACGUUCAUAAAUGUUCUUUAUAGUGUUUUCUUGUGUUUACAACCCUAUACUCUCUUGUUUCAUAUCUUGUGCUUUCUUUGUCUGCGAACGGCAUAAACUCGUCAGUUUCCGUCUAGCUCCCUGACCUUCAAUACGCCAGUUUUCCUGUAUCAUAUCACGUAAAGAGGGCAGGAAAUACCGGUGGAGUGACGCCAGUAACAGGUAUACAGUUUGUCUCUACCAAACUUAAAUGGGAAAGAAUGUGUGCACUGUGAGGACCGAGCUGGACACGGCCUAUCUCCUAUUUGUGUUUCUUAAGAAACUCAGAUCGGUGGCUUCUCUUUGGGGCCGAGAAUUUGCAUGCACUAUUAAUAGGCUCUCGGUUUAAAGUUGUUUUAAAGCAGCUGCAAGUUGCAUGCACUAUUAAAAUAGGCUCUCGGUUUAAAGUUGUUUUAAAGCAGCUGAAAGCCAGUUUUUAUGAUAAAAAGACAUUGUUAACCACAAUUUAAACAAUUGUUUCCCGUUGCCAAAUUGGAUUCAUUCAUACAGCCUAGAACUGGAACCAGAUAUAGUUAUUUUCCAUUCUUGUAACAGGUCCUCAGGCAUAAUGAGAGGAUAGAACAUCUAAAGAAGGCAAAGUCUUACCAUACAAUGUUGAUUCUUCACUUUGCACUCCAUUUGGGUGAACAAAUGAAUUCACUUUUGACAAAUGAGCCCAGCAUGAUGUCUUGGCUGUGUAUCUUCAGAAAUUACGACGACAUUGUUUCCGACAUACUCUCUCAAGUAAGAGCCAAUAUAGCAGCAGACAGGCAUUUACAAAAAGAGAUACACCAACACAGCGACCGAAUCGCCUCUUUGGAAAGAAGAGUUAGUACAGGUAUUUUUUCAGAAGCGAUCACAUCUGCUGAUUCUGCUUGCAGCGUAACGAACGAACAGGUGGCAAAUCUUGAGAAAACGACGGCUAAGCACGAGUUGAUCUUAGAAGAAAGAAGCCGCACAAUGAAGCAGGCAAAUCGAGACAUGGGUAAUGCCAGGCGACUGCUUGAUACCAUCCAGGAUACCACCAGGAGCUUAGAACGAAGGAUUGACUCCAUAGAGCACACGCUGGCUCUCAGAAAUGUUGCGCAGGUCAUGAGGCAACGACUGCCUCCUAUUUAUGACGGCCACCUGGUUUGGAAAUUAACAAAAUUUUCCUGGCUGCGAAACGAAGCAGUCAAUGGUCAGCAAAGGUCAUUCCUCAGCCCUUGUUUUUUCACCAGCACCUGUGGAUACAAGAUGUGCGCCCGCAUAUAUUUAAACGGAGAUGGCAUGGGCCGAGGAACUCACAUCUCUGUGUUCUUUGUGGUCAUGCGCGGUCAGUAUGAUGCGAUUCUCCGCUGGCCAUUCAGACAGAAGGUCACGUUCAUGUUACUGGAUCAAGAUAACGUAGAACACGUGAUAGACGAGUUCAGACCUGAUCCUAACAGCCCUUCCUUUCAGAGACCAAGAAGGGAGGCAAACAUUGCAAGUGGGUUUCCACUGUUCUGCUCGCUUACUCAUCUAAGCAGACGCGCCUAUGUGUAUGAAGACACCAUGUUCCUCAGAGUUUUUGUUAGCGACCUGGAAGACUUUGUCGUACAGGGGCUCUAAACCCGUGAGUUGUUGUUAGACUACUUACUCUGAGGUUAGCGAGUAAGAUGGACGAGUUUUUGAUUUAGCGUCGAAAUCUCUUAAUUUUUGAAAUGAAUAUACGCUGAGAUGCAAUAUAUUUUUUUCAACUGACUCCUAUGCUUUUAGUUUAAGAAUUUCAUGUAUGUAUAUGGCGAGGAACUAUAAUUACCAUACUGUAGUUUUUUUUCUUUUGUGUAUAGGUUUUACAAGAUUUUAAUAAAGUUAUUGAUUAUUUAUUAUUUUAUUGAAAAUAAUAAUAAUGAUAUUGAUGAUAAUAAAUUUCAGACCUCGAACUUUAGCAUUGUUGCUGAGAAAAGCGGAAAUGAAACGUUCUCUUUCCGUGUAGGAUGUUCCUUGCAUGACCGAUUUGUUAGGACGAGAAGGUAAGAAGAUUGAAGAUCAUUUUCAGUAGUUUUCUUCCAUGUUAUCAUACCGUAUUAAGUAUGUUAAGCCAUCAUACUUUCAUAAUACAGCUUUUCAGAUAAUAAUAUAGUUUAAUCAACAUCUAUGCAUAGCGUACGACUAUUAGCGUUAUAAGCACUUUUAGGCACAACUAUUCCAGACAAGUUGUACCUUUCUUAUAUAUUUAUUCUCUUUCAGUCAGAGCUUCUGGAAACUCCUAGGCGACACAAUUUUUUACAGGUAGUUAUCUGAUUGACUGUAUAUAAUGUACUGUGCGUGUGAAUUAUCAAAUGUUGAUGGCUAGAUCGAGAAAUUACAAACACGGAGCUUUUGAUUUAAAACAAGCUUUCGUACUGUAUUUCGCCGGAGCACUGCAUCCACGUUGUAACAUGUUUUACUUUCACUUUGAGUACCGAAGGAGGUUUCAUGUUUUUUGUAUUUCAUUGUGAAUCAUCGCUGUCAUCCUAAAGUAACCCAGCUAGAAACACUAUUUUAUUUCUUAUUGUCGGUAAAGGAAGAAUGUGUUGCCGUAGGAGCCGAGCAGGAAGCAAACUUUGCAUCCGCUUUCAACGGUUGUUAA